AUGCCGACUAAGUUAAGUUCGUACUGCAGAUCUCCUGGGGCCCGAGCGGAUGUGUAUUGCACCCCACCAGCAAGAGACCUCGUCCUCGUCAUGCCGAUGAGCUAUUCGAACUUCGAUGUGGAGACGCCCAAAGCAGUGGCGCAAAGGAAGGAGGAGGUGAAUGCAUUCCUGGAGCGCCACGCCUUUCCAGGGGUGAAUAGCUUGCGUGAUACCAGUGAUGUCUUUCAGCAUGUUCGUGUGAAGCAGCUAUAUCCUUUGGAUGUUGCCGAAGAACUAGGUGAUGAGAGGAUGAUGAGCUUGUUGAAAAUGUCAGGUGCCACGGAGCGUUCCCAGAGCUCUGGAAGCGCUGGAAGUGCUUUGGGUGGUUUGAGGAGUUUUUUCUCUCUACGCAGCGCGGCGUCCACAACAUCUACUAUGGCCAGUGUUUCCGAAGCACCAGUGCCACCACGGAGUUGUUUGGCCAAGAAGAAGGUGGACAACUUUGAUAUGGCAACGGAUGAGGAGAGUGUGGAGUCUGUGUGGGUUUGA